AUGGCUUCUUGCAUGUGGCUCAAGAGUGCUAGUGGUGGCAGCAGUGGGAAGAAACCGCGGGCGCCACCAGAUGUGCCACGAGGCCACUUGGCGGUGAUGGUGGGAGAAGAAGCAAAGAGAAGGUUUGUGAUAAGGGCUGAUUACCUUAACCAUCCCUUGCUUCAACAACUGUUAGACCAAUAUGAAGGCUAUGGCUUCAACAAGAGUGGUCCUCUAGCUAUACCUUGUGAUGAGUACCUUUUCCAAGAUAUUAUCCAGGCCCUUAGAGAUGGAACAUCCUCUCCCCACGUGCCCCUCAAGAAGCUCCACUUCAAGGACUCUGCGCCCUUACUUCAAGACUAUGAUGGCAAAGGGAGGAGCAGCAACUAA